CAGAACCCACCGCAUCGCAUCGCAUCGCAUCGCAUCGCAUCGCAUCGCAUCGCACACCCAUCAGACGAAAGAAGAGCACUCGAGUGCAUCUGAUUGUAUCUACCGACAAGGGUGUCUCGCAGAAGAGACCCACCCAACAGCAAUACGAGAUCGAUUGGUUGAUCGAUCGAUCCAAGACAGCAGCAACAGCAAUAAGAAGAAGAAGAAGAAGAAGCACUUCUGCUCCUACGAUGCUCUUCCCUUGCGCCCGACACCUGGGCCGAAGCUUGCGUUCGGUGCGCUCCGCGCCCCGAAGCCUGUCCACGUCCACGUCUACGUCCACAAAGGGCGACUAUACGGUGGUGGACCACGAGUACGACGCCGUGGUGGUCGGCGCCGGCGGAUCCGGCCUGCGUGCCGCCAUGGGCCUGUCCGAGGCGGGCUUCAAGACGGCGUGCGUGACGAAGCUCUUCCCCACCCGGUCCCACACGGUGGCCGCCCAGGGGGGGAUCAACGCCGCCCUGGGCAACAUGUCGAAGGACGACUGGCGGUGGCACAUGUACGACACGGUGAAGGGGAGCGACUGGCUGGGCGACCAGGACGCCAUCCACUACAUGUGCCGGGAGGCCCCCCAGGCGGUGGUGGAGCUGGAGUCCUUCGGGAUGCCCUUCUCGCGGACCGAGGACGGGGAGAUCUACCAGCGGGCCUUUGGGGGCCAGUCGCUGGAGUACGGCAAGGGCGGCCAGGCCCACCGCUGCUGCGCCGCCGCCGAUCGGACGGGCCACGCGAUGCUGCACACGCUCUACGGCCGGUCGCUGGCCUUUGACACGACCUACUUCAUCGAGUACUUUUGCCUGGAUCUCCUCAUGAGCGCGGACGGGACCGAGUGCGUCGGCGUCGUCGCCCUCAACAUGGAGGACGGGACGGUCCACCGCAUCCGGGCCAAGAACACCGUCCUGGCGGCGGGGGGCUACGGCCGGGCCUACUUUUCCUGCACCUCGGCCCACACCUGCACGGGGGACGGGAACGCCAUGGCCCUGCGCAAGGGCAUUCCCAACCAGGACAACGAGUUUGUCCAGUUCCACCCCACCGGCAUCUACGGGGCCGGCUGCCUCAUGACGGAGGGAUGCCGCGGGGAGGGCGGCAUUCUCCGGAACUCGGAGGGCGAGCGCUUUAUGGAGCGGUACGCCCCGAGCGCCAAGGACCUGGCCAGUCGGGACGUGGUCAGCCGGGCCAUGACGAUGGAGAUUCGGGAGGGACGGGGCGUCGGUGCCAAGAAGGACCACGUGAGUUUGCUGAGCGAAGCGAAGCAUGUCUGAGCGAAGCAAAGCAUUGUAAUGCCGAGCGAAGCGAAGCAUUCUUGUUUGAUGUCUUGAGAAGCAUUCUUGUUUGGUGUCUUGAGAAGCACCCUUGUUUGGUGUCUUGAGAAGCACUUGCCUGCCUGCCUGCUAUUUUGUUGGCCAUUCUUUGCUCUACUCUACUCUGCUCUAGACCUGCCUCUCACAAUCGCUUGCUCUGUUCUGUUCUGUUCUGUUUUCUUCUGUUUCCGUGUUUGCCACUGCGUGGUUCGCUGUCGCUCACUUGCCCACAGAUCUACCUGCACCUGGACCACCUGCCCGCGGACCUGCUGGCCGAGCGCCUGCCCGGGAUCUCCGAAACGGCCGCCAUCUUUGCCGGGGUGGACGUCACGAAGGAACCGAUUCCCACCCUGCCCACCGUCCACUACAACAUGGGCGGGAUCCCCACCAACCACUACGGCCAGGUCCUCAAGACCACGCACGACUACUCCAAGACCUCCGACAAGGACGAAGCCUGGGUCAAGGACGAGCCCGUCCCGGGACUCUUUGCCGCCGGGGAGGUCGCCUCCGCCAGCGUCCACGGGGCCAACCGGCUGGGGGCGAACUCCCUCCUCGACAUUGUCGUCUUUGGCAGGGCCUGCGCCAUCAAGAUCGCCGAGGACCACAAGCCCGGGGAGGCCAUUGCCCCCAUGAAGGAAGACGAGGGCAUGGAGUCCCUCCAGAACCUCGACACCCUCCGCUACAAGGAGGGAAGCCUCCCUACGGCGGAGAUCCGCAACGAGCUCCAGCAGGCCAUGCAGGAACACGCGGCCGUCUAUCGGGACGAGCAGUCCCUCAAGGACGGCGUCGUCAAGGUCGACGCCGUCGUGCAAAAGUUCAACGAGGACGUCAAGGUCACCGACAAGUCCCUGGUCUGGAACACGGACCUGGUCGAGACGCUCGAGCUACAGAACCUCGUGGCCUGCGCCUCGACCACCAUCACGGGGGCCGAAAACCGCAAGGAAUCCCGGGGGGCCCAUGCCCGGGAGGACUGCCCCGACCGGGACGACGAACAAUGGAUGAAGCACACCCUGGCCUACUUUGACGGGGAGAAAACCAAAAUCGAGUACCGGCCCGUCCACUCGUACACCCUCGACGAGGAAGAGUGCAAGAUGGUCCCUCCCUUUGCCCGCGUCUACUAGCAGUAGUAGCACUGGAAUGGAGUGGAGUGGACUGCACUGGACUAGACUGGACUGGACUGCACUGGACUGGACUGCACUGGAGUGUCUUGCAAAGUGUGAGUGUCUUGGUGUCGCAAUCGACACACCAGCACGGCGGUUAACGUAAACUACGAGUUAC